GAAGAAGUGAGAUAAUGGAUUAGAUAUGUAUCCACCUAUGCACCUCCAUUUCUCCAUGAUCAUGAUCAUCAUCAUCAUUAAUUCAUCAACAUCAUCAUCAGCUACCUUUCUAAUUUGUCCGUUUCACAACUGAGCAAUCUCUCUCUUCCAUGUGACACACUUCCCUUGGCUUCUUCCUUCCCCUUUGUUGUUCCAAUCUCCGUACGUCAAGGUUUCUUCUGGUAAAGUCUCUCUUCCUCUUCGUCUUUUCGUUUUCCAUAAAGACUCAACUCUCUCCUUCGAUUUUCUUCUUCCCCUCUCUACUCUGCUUCUCUGAUUGUGAUAUCUCUUGUGUGUUCUUCUUUCUCUGUUUUUUCUUCCAUUGUUGCUUUUGUCUCUGUACUUCUUGAAUUUCAUCAUCUGGGUUUCAUGGUUUUCACUCAAAGCUUGUGGCUUUGAGCUUAUUCAGAUUUCUUGUAGACCAAGCACUCUGCUUUAUAAUUGCCACAGUGUUCUGGUCCUGAAUCUUUGCUUAUGCCAUCAAUGAAAUGCUCAUCUUCUUCCUGUUUAUGAGAAAAUUCUGAAUCUCUGUUAGUUUCUCAGGCUGCUUUUGUGCUCUGUCUUCAAAUUUCGAACACUUGUCUGAGAUAUAUUUGUCUGAUUCCAAAGAUCAUGGAAGCUAAUUCAGCUGAUCAGAAACAAAAACCUAACUUUCUUGUUGAGGUUAAUAACAUUGAGAAACAGCUAUGGACAUUAAUCCAUUCAAAGACUAUAUUGCAUACCGAUGUUUCAGAAUUAUACGCGAAAGCUGGUUCGACCUACGAGCAAAUCUUUAAAAGCAAUCUCCAACACGAAGAGCUUCAAGAAGUAGAGUUCUGUCUCUGGAAACUCCACUAUAAACACAUCGAUGAGUUUCGUAAAGGCCUUAAAACAAAUGAUCAUGCCAAGCAUAUGAAAGCAUUCAAGUUGUUUCUGUCAAAAGCAGCUGAGUUUUACCAGAAUCUGAUUUCCAAAGUCAGAGGAUAUUACCACAGACUCUCCGAGGAAUCAGGAGAGCAAAAAAGCAGAUUCUUAUGCCAUCGUUUCUACAUUUGUCUUGGAGAUCUUCAAAGGUAUCAAGAACAAUAUCUGAAAGCACAUGAACAUCCUAAUUGGUCAACUGCAGCUACUUACUAUCUUGAAGCUGCAAAAUCUUGGCCUGAUAGUGGAAAUCCUCAUAACCAGCUAGCUGUAUUGGCCACAUAUGUUAGUGAUGAGUUAUUGGCUCUGUAUCACUGCGUAAGAAGCUUAGCUGUGAAAGAGCCUUUUCCUGGUGCUUCGAACAAUCUUCUUUUGUUGUUUGAGAAGAACAGGUCAUCUCCAUUGCAGUCUCUGUCUACUGAUGCAGAGUUUAACUACUUAAACCCAUCAGAGAAAAAAGUUUCUGUGAAGGAACGAGAUUUGUCAAAAGCAAAAGGAGAACUAGUUGCCGGAAUUGAUUUAUGGCCCCUGGUUGUUCGAACAACUAGCUUCUUUUUCCUUAAAUCCAGUUUUGAUGAGUUUGGUCGGGCAUUUGCAUCAACUAUAAGAGAACUGGAUGCAGCGUUUGCAGCAGAUGAUAGAAAUCUAGAAGCCAUGUUGGAGUCUUAUCAAUUUAUGGACACGGCGAGAAAGGGACCUUAUAAAAUCCUCCAAAUUGUUGCGGUUUUUAUCUACAUCUUCCACAAUUUAGCAGAGGCUAAUGGAUCCGACAUCGUGAAAGAGGAAGUUAAGCUAACAAAUUUAGCAUUAACUAUGGUGUUUAUCGUCAUGGGGCGAGUUGUUGAGAGAUGUUUGAAGACAACUCCCUUGGAUUCUUGCCCUCUCUUACCUGCUCUACUUGUAUUUCUAGACUACUUACCGUUUCUGCUUGACAAGGUAGAAGAAGAAGAAGAAGAAUGCAGGUUUGAUGAGAAGAGCAAGAGUGCAAUAUCUUACUUCUUUGGCAAACUCGUUGAUAUCUUGAACCAGUUAAAGGUGAAAGACAAAAACUGCCCUGCUAAAACGUUGUUAGCUCUCUGGGAAGAUCAUGAACUGAAGUCCUUGGCUCCUCUGGCUCCCAUACAUGCACUUUUGGAUUUCUCAAGUAAUAUGGAUCUUAGAGAGAGUUUUGAUAGAGGGAAGGAGCUUCGUCUUCAACGGAUUAUUAGUUCAGCAAUUGAUAUCACAACUAGGCAGAAGAAGGGUUCUCAAAAGUGGCUAUUCUUUGACAAUCAACGGACUCAUUUCUACACAACUUCGGGUGAAUUGCAAAGCAACGGAGAGCUCUUUCAUGGAAAUGGAGAGGGUAGAAACAGAAAAUGCGUUACUAUUGGACCAGUUGAAAUCAUUCCUUUGGAGAAUGAAAGAUCUGUUCCUGUAGAAGAGGAAGAAGUCAUUCUUCUCAAGCCGCUCGUAAGGUGUCAAUCUGCUCCAAUAUAUUCUUCUGGCAUUGCAGCAAAGCCACUUAGCUCUGAUUGCACAACUUCAGGAAAUCAAACAACUACAUCCAAUGACAGCCUAAGACGUACCUUAUCACUCAUUGGGUCUGAAAGUUUCAGCUUUACGCAAGGUCUUAAGGACACGGAUCCACAACAUUUGCAUCUCGAAGAAGGCACUGUCUCAGGAAGACCUCCAUCGCUGAGCGCGUGGGUGGUUGACAAGAACAAAGAGAAAGGACGACUCGGUUUAAGUAAACCAAACGGAUUGGGCCCUAUUGAUGAAACAGGUCCUGUCUCAGCCUUUGAUAGUCUCUCCAUCAAUAGCAGCACCGAGCAUCCUGCGUCUUCCUAUUCGCCUCCUACUCCGUCUGCUCCACUACUGCCUGAAGACGCUUCUUGGUUUCAUAAUGACGCUAGUACUAACAAAGCAGAGAGCUUCUAUGAUCAGACACGAUAUAUGGAACUCCCCGGUAUCAUGAAGCCAUACACAAACCCACCCUUUGUUGGGAUUUCUUCUUCUGAAUGGUUACGUCGGUACAGAGAAAGUAGGAAUCUUGGACCAGCCUAUUCCUAUCAAGCUCAGGGAACAAACAAUUUGAGAAACUUUAUGGCUCAUGGCUCUUCCAAGUUCAGUCUCUUAGCUAGGUACGGGACACCAAACGAUUCUUCUCAAAACUCAACGUUUCACCCUCAGCUCUACAUGGAAGACCAUGAAUCUAGAGGAGAGAAGCUCGGCAACGUUCAACAAAGCACAACAAAUCCUUAUGGCUUCAGUGACGAUCCCGGACCGUUUCUUAGAUUUCUGAGAGAAAAAGAGUGGCUGAAUGAGAACGGUCAGAGGCUAAGAGGACCUCCUCCUGCAUAUAUGAACAACUAAAGAUGCGAGUGAGUGAGUUUUCAAGAAACUGUCCUAAGUUGACAAGUUGUGACAACUAUAGUUAUUUCUUCUCUCUUUGUGUACUGUUUCUCAAAUUUUCACGAGAAUGGAAAAUCAUAUUAAGAGAUGGUUUGGUUGUACAUAAACAAACAAAGAGAAGAAACUUGAAAGUUUUUGAAACCAUCAACUUCUUUGGUUUCUUGAGGAAUGUAUAUGAGAUUAGCCUUGAGACCAUUAUAAACAAGUGUA